GAUCCGACAGAAGUGACACAGAGUGGAAGUCUACUGCAGUCAUAAUAUUUAUUCGUAAUAUCACGCUAUAAAAUGCUGAAAGAUUUUUGAAUAAAAUAUUUGUUAAGGACGUAGAAAAUAAAUUUUAUCAAGUUUCAUAUAUUCUUUGGCAAAAUGAUAUUUUGCUCUCCAUUUCGACAUCUUACUUAUUUGAAAUCCAAGUUUAUUAGGUUUAGUUCCACUGCAUUUGUGCCGGAUAUUGAUAUAAAUUAUUAUUGUAAUACUGAAAAUUCUUUGGAAAUCGAUGACAAUAUAAAAUUAAGAAAGGGGGUGGGAGAUAUUAAACUCGUCAUGGAAAUGUUUAAAUUGUUAAAAACAACUCCAAUCACCGACGCAUCAUAUGAAAUAGUACGAGAUAAAUUAUACAAAGAAUUAAGUUGCUUGCCAAAUAAAACACAUCCUUCAGUCUUAAAGAACCUUGAACCACAUGUUGUACGAGAAAUAAAUAAAAAAAGAGAUUUUCAAGAACACACUCCUUUGGAAUUCAGUGAAAUAACAAGACGGCUUAACUUGGUGAGGACUGAUAAGUUAGGAAACACAUGUGGCCACAAGAGCUAUUAUUUUCUUGGAGAACUUGCAGAGCUAGAGGAAGCUUUAAUAAAAUAUACUGUGAACAAGCUUCUUCAGGAAAACUUCCAACUGGUUUCAGUACCAGAUAUUUUACCUAGUCAAGUUUUGAAGAGUUGUGGAAUGACAGUGAACAAUGACAGAACACAGAUAUAUUCUUUAGAUCCAGUCCACCAUGGGCCAGAUUUGUACUUAUCAGGUACGGCUGAAAUGUCUUUAGCGGGACUGUUGAUGAAUACAUCGCAUUUGGAAAAAGAUUUACCUAAGAAACUGGCCGCAGUGAGCAGGUGUUUUAGGGCUGAAACUUCUAAUGUCAUAGAAGAAAGGGGAAUUUACAGAGUACAUCAAUUUACUAAAGUAGAAAUGUUUGCAGUCACCAUGCCAACUCAGUCAGAAAGUAUGCUUGAGUACUUAAGAACAAUACAAGAGGAAUUGUUUACUCCUCUGGGAUUUAGUAUGAAAGUACUUGAUAUGCCUCCACAUGAGUUAGGUGCUCCAGCUUAUAGGAAGUAUGACAUAGAAGCAUGGAUGCCAGGCCGAAAGAAUUAUGGUGAAAUAUCUAGUUGCAGUAACUGUACUGACUAUCAGGCAAGAAGAUUGCACAUCAAAUAUGUUGACAAUGGUGAACAUAACUAUGCACACACACUAAAUGGCACUGCAUGUGCAGUACCAAGGAUGCUGAUAGCUUUACUAGAAACUCACCAAGACCCUAAAGGGAAAAUCUUCAUACCUGACAUAUUACAGCCGUACAUGAAUGGGAAAAAAUAUAUAGUUAAAAACAAUAGUGUGCCAGAACUAAAACUUAUGAAAAUAAAAAGAUAAAUCACACCAUUUAAUCAUUUAUUUUAUCAUACACAAUUUUGUAUAACUGAAGUGUUAUUAGAAAUUGGUAAAGUUCAACUGAAAACUAAAAAUAGCUAAUUCACAUUAGUAAUUUAAUAACGGUAAUUUAAUUUUUUCUUUAAGUUGUGACAAAAAUCAAGUUAUACAUUAGACAAUACUGGAAUUAUUUCAAUUCAUGGUAUAUAUUUACAUUUGUGGAACAAACUAAUAAAAAUGAAGUGAAGAAGUGAAAGAAGAAUUCUUAGUCCUUUUUUACUCUAGCUCCUUUUUGUUGUUUUGACAGUUUUUUCAUUUUGGAUUUAAACAAAUUAAGAUCAACACUAGUUUCAGGAGUCUCAUUGUAAGUAUUUGUUUUCUCUUCUGGAGGAAUGAAAUCUUUCUGUCGUUGUUCUUGUUUGGCUCUCUUAGCUUCUGCUUGUUUUUCUUCUUUUUGAUGCCUUUUCUUGGCCAUCUUCUGUUCAUCUUUAAGGAAGUAUUCUCCAGUAGCAAGUUCACGAUCAAUUUUGCUUUCCUGUUGUGGCGGUGGGAAUGGAGUGUAUGGUUUCUUCUCAACUUUCUUUUUGGGUUGUUUUCUUGGCACAUUCUUACUUUUAAAUGUAGGUAAAAAUCUAUCCCAACUCUCAUUUUUCAGUCGAGGAUCCUUCAUUAAUUCUCUUUUGAUCAUUAAACUUUUAAUGUUAUACAUUGGAUGUAUAUUUUUCAUUGUGUCUUCAACAAUUCUCCUGACUUGAACUAGGCCUUUGUAAGGUCCAACUGCUGAAACUGUAUUUCCUUGCACUAACACAUAACACUCUGUUAAAAGUUCUAUAGACUUCAAAGUUACUCCGUUUGGCCCAAUUAAACGCUGCCGUCUCUUCAAAAAUGUUUCCUUUUUACGAACAAACGAAUUGAUUUUUAUGAUAUCACAUCCUAUUUCAUCAUCAAGGACUCGCACUGCUUGUUCAAAGGGAACGCUACGAGAAAGCAGCUUCAUUAAAUCUCUUGCUUUGAUGAUGAUAUAUGGGUCCCAUGUUUUUCUUGUUGUUUUCACAGUUAUGCUGCCUUCAAUGAGGUCUAGUUCAGCGAUUAUAUAAUGCUCUUUUAAAACCUUCUCCACAAGAGGCCAACAUUCUUUUAAGUAUUGCUCUCUGUAUUUUGGAAAUAAAGUAGCAAAUUUACUUUCCUCUAAAAGACCAUGUGGGUUAUCUUCAGGCGUAAACUUAGGUAUUUUCAUUGCCCAAGCAUUAUCUACGGGGCCUAUCACCUGAUUGUUAUCUUCCGUAUCCACAUUAUCCAUUUUUCAAGGUUUCCAAAGCCAGUAUAAAUAUUAAUAACCAGAAAAUAUUUAACUAAUCAGUGCGUAGAGUUAAAACCAUGCUUACAUGGAUGGAUACAAAUUCAAAUUACCAAUACCAAAUGACAGCCGACACUGACAGAUGUAAUGUCAUAUGAUGACGCUGACAGCUGCAAACUUUUUUUUUU